UAAGCGUUCUGUAACUAGCUAGCAAAGCAUGUGGAUCCUCAAUGAGCACUGUUUAGCGUGACUCUUGGGCAUCAAUAUGAAGACAGAAGAAGGCACUAUUUGACAGAUCAAUAACAGAAUUUGAGUUUAUCUCACUGUAAUUAUUGCAAAUGUAGCUAGAUACACAAACACCGAUUUAAGUGGAAAUCGUAAAUGUUUAGCCACAGUGAGUUAGCUAACCAUAACGAGACAGCAAAAAUGAACUUGUCUUUUGACGAUCAGUCACUGGAUAAUCUGGAUCCAACCAUAUCCCUAAAUGACCCCAGCGAUAUUGACACGGCUCUGCUCAAUGACAUUGAUGACAUGCUGCAGCUCAUCAACAACCAGGACAUGGUGGAGUUCAACCAGGACAUGGCGGGUCUCUUUGACUCCCCUCAGUUCACAGGGGUCACCCCUACCCAGGACCUCCCUGCCCCCGGACUGCCCCACUCCAUCCCCUCCCCUCCAUCCACCACAUCCUCCUCCAUCCUGAGCAGCAGCCCCCACCUUGAUGCUCUCCUGGGGCCCCCCAUCAUCCGUAGUUCCUCCCCCCCAGACAAGGCCUUCCACCCCCCCACCUUCCAGCAGUCGCCCCUGGCCCAGGUCACCACCUCCACCCCUGUACCACUACCCAGGCCGCUGCCAGCUCCCCAGCAGGGCUCUCCAUCAGCCCAGGCUGCUCAGGGUCUCAGGCAGCCCAAGGUGGACCUGCCCCUGCCGGUCCUCUCCCCCCCAGCCCCUGUUCCAGUCCAGCUUCUUUCCCCAGCCUCCUCCCCCCAUACUGUACCCGGCCAGAGCCCCGUGUUCAGCGCCGCCCCCCAAGCCCUGUUCACCUCUCCUGCCCCCCAGCAGCCCCAGGCCCACGCCCAGCAGAUCCGGACUAACUACAGCACCCAAAAUGGCUACAAAGCUGUCAAUCAUCAAGGAGGCCCCGCCCAGCCCAUGGUCAGCCUGUCGUCGUCCCCUACCAACGUUCAGCCAAUGACCAUCCAGGCUCUGACCACCACGGCCCCCCUCCUGACCACCUCAGCAAGCCACCCAGCUCAGACCAUCGCAUCACACCACAUUCAACAAGUGUUGCUCCAGCCCCAGUUUAUCAAGGCUGAGUCUCUGCUGCUGACCACCCUGAACCGUGACCCCUGUAUGGUCACUACUGUGUCCUCUCCAUGCAUCACCUCCCUGGCCACCACCACAUCCCAGAGCACCCACUCACUGCAGGCUCUGAUGAGUGGUGGCACCUUCCUGACCACAGUGCCUGUGAUGAUGGACUCUGACAAGCUGCCCAUCAACCGUAUCACAAUCAGCAGUAAACCUAUGGGCCUGCCCCCCAAGGGCGAGAAGCGCACCGCCCACAACGCCAUCGAGAAGCGCUACCGCUCGUCCAUCAACGACAAGAUCCUUGAGCUUAAAGACCUGGUGGCCGGGACUGAGGCCAAGGUAUUAAUGUUGGAAAUAUAUACGUAUAUUUAAAAUUAAAAAAAACAU